CGUAGUGCACAGACCACUUAGCUGGUGGCUGUUUCGGAGACUGUACAUUCGGGUCAACAGUGUGGCCACGAUGGCGUCCAGUUUACUGCCGAUGGACGUGAUCCGGUUCUUCAACGUGUCUAUUGCAUUGAGCUUGGCCUCUAUAGCUGGUGCUGAUAAGAGUGAAUGUGUGCGUGAGUGCGCAAGGGCUAUCGAACUGGAUGAUGAUUACGGAAACCCAUGGAAUGACGUUGCUUGUGAGCUAUGGGAUGCUGGGGACACAACUUUGGCUGCCAGAUUCUUCGAAAGGGCAAAAUUGUGUUCUCGAUAUGAAAGUGGGGCGGGGCAUUUCCCUUAUGCCAAUCUUGCAAGGUUAUAUCUGAGUGAAUGCGCGCAGCAAGCAUCUAAUGGUGAUUCAGGAUCCAGAUCGGCAGCACGGUAUGUGAAAGGAGCAACCUUCGCGUCAGACGAAGGAAGCAGUUCCCGGAGUGCCUCCUCAAAAAUGUACUUACCUUCACGAGAAGCGCUGCUCGAGUUGUGUGCUGCUCUCAUCAGAGCACCUGGAGACACAGAACUGCAAGAAAUGGUCUUCAGGAUGAUCGACGAUCCGGAGUGGUUGGUUCGUGCAUUUCGGCACUGAUAGUGAAAAUCAAUUCAGAUUGCAGCGGUUAUGAUUGUCAAGACGGUGCUGAUAGCGGUUAUGGAACCAGAUGUUCAAGUUAUCAAUGUACUGUUAGUUUCCGUCUGAAACAGGCAGGUGGGUACAUGGUUUCGAUGUGAAACAGGCUGGUGGGUUUCACUGGAGAUAUUGGAGAGCCUUAAACCAUACUUCACCUGUGCAAAUGUCAAGAAAGGAGAAAGGGAUACAGUGGCAAAGUCUCGAUAGCAUGAGAUGACAAUCCUGUGCAGUCAUCUGGGUGCAUGCACCUGUCUUGUAAUAGGCGGACCAUGUUGCAGGAGGAGAUCAACACAUGCAGUAGUAUGCAAAAUAUUAUCGAUUCUGCCGAAACUGUAGUCACUGCAGUUACUGCAGAAGUGAAGUAUCUGAAGAAACUGUAGUUAUUGCAGUAACGGUUGAUUACUGCAACAGCUACUGCAAUGACUGUGUUCCCUGCAGUGACUGUAAAUCUGAAGUCCAAUUUUGAGCCGUCACUGCAGUAGUGGGGCAGGCUUGUGUGCAUUUACUGGAAGGGUCCAGGUCAUAGUUUCUAGUGCAGUCUUGUGCACAGGUUUGAGCCUUUACAGAUUGAUUAGGUGUAUGGUCUAUGCCAGCUUACACUGCGAUAGUGUAUUUUCUUACUUUAGCAUCACUUCCAUCAUUUUCGGGAGCUCGAAAUCGUUCUGUCAUCCAUGGAUUGGGUGCAUUCCACGUGUACGCAUGUCGUUUCUUGUAGUUCGCGUGCCUGGCAUGAUCCACAAGCAACCAGUUCUGCAGCAGCUGCAGCAACCACCUCGGCCGUGAUUAGUGGGAGAUUACUGUGGCAACUGUGGUAACUGUAUUUCCUGUAGUAAUUGCAAAACACAGGCAAAUCGAGAGCAAUCACUGCAGUAAUGGGAAUGGGCUUGUGCGACUGGCGUGAGGACGUGUAAACUGUUCUGUGUCUCUCUCUCAAGGCGUCUGCAUGAGGUUCUCUGGUUUAAUUGGUAAGGUUGGUAUCUUCUGAUGUUGGCAUCGUCUCUUGGGGUAAACAUUUUGUCAUCUCUGUGUUCUAAGUUCAUGGCCAUUGAUCA